UUUGAUGUUAAGAUAAUAAUUUAAUUAAUAGUGUGAGUUGUAGAUUUUUAUGGUCUUAUGAAUUUUUUUCAUAAAUAUUGUAUGAGACUAUUUUAUCGAGAAAUUGAACUUAUAUUUAAAUUAAAAACCCAUUUAUUGUAAGCUCCUUAUUUGAAGUCGUCUCAUCAAAAUAUAAUCUCUCACAAAAGUAACUCUUUUUUAACUUUAACUAAUCCUAUUUAAUGGGCUAAGCUUUUAUAAGUGGAAACUGUGCCGACAAGCAAACUUAAUGGACUUUAUCUAAGUAUUAUUUAAUUAGAAUUAUUAUCAUCAAACCCUUGAUUAUUAUGGUUAAUAUAAAUGUCAUUAAGAGCAAGUGUCUCAAAAUUUAGAGUUAUGGUGUUUGCAUCAAUGUAUGUCAUAGAAUUGGUUUGGUUUACUUCAUCAAACUUAACUACUACUCUUUAACUAGAGAUCAUUUUGAGGUAAACCUUGUGCCUAUCAACAACAAGGAUAUCCCAACUUUCUAUUGUUUUCUCUUUCUCAUGUUUAGGCCUUAUUGCUCUUUCAUGCUCAACCAAUUACUAGAUAGCCUAUUUUUGUGAUUGUCACAAACUAGUUAAUUCUUUCUGUCCCAACGAAAUAGUUCCAAAUAUAUAAAUAUUGUGAAAAUUUAAAAAAAUGAGUAAAAGUGGUUAAAAAAAAAACUCAUACUUUCUAAAAAAGUGAUAGAAAUGUGUAGAUGAAAUAUAAAAGUAAGUUAGAUGUAUAAAUCAUAAUUAAAAAAAGAAUGUGAAUUAUGCUAAAAAAUAAAAAUGAGACAAAUUAAAUAGGAAAUGCUAAAUAAUAAAAUGAGAUUAAUUUUUUAAGACGGAGAAGUUAUUUUCCUUCUAAAUAAAACUCGGGUGUUACUACAUUAGUAAUCUAUAAUUGUUUUUGUUCAUACUUGAACUCUAAACAAUAAAUUUGACCAGAGCAAAUUUCAAUUUUAUACUCCAUCUGUCCAUUUUGAUUUUACCUCAAGUACUUCACUAUUUUGAAUAGUACUCCUAUUACUUAUUUUGCUUCUUCCUCCGUUCUAAUUUACGUACAACGUUUAUUUUUUCACGCAGUUUAAUGCACUAAUUCAAUCUUUAAUAUCUUCAAUUAUGUAUAAUAAAAAAUUAUAAAAAUUUGAUUUAAUAAUCUUUGCAAUGAAACGAAUCAAACAAGAUCUCAUUUGACUAUGUUUUAACUUAUAGAUUAAAAAUUAGUCACAAAUUAAAAGUGAUGAAUAAAUAGUGCCAAUUUACCUAAUAUUGCAACUAAUAUGAACGGAAGAAGUAUUAUUAAAGUUAAUUUCAAUCAUUAAAAUCUUUCCGAUGAAAGUAAGCUUAAAAAAUGCCGUUGUCUCCCUUAAACCCUAAACUUUUCAUUUCCCGUAAUUACUUCUCUUACUCAUUCUAAAACCCUAGAAAAUCUGGAUUUUCCAUGCUCUAUUGUCUCCAAAAAUGGAGAAUCAUUCGCCUUCCUCUCAUCCUCUCUAAGCCCUUCACUUCCACUUCCGCCGCCUCUAUCGCCGACGAAUCCCCAACGAUUAUCGCAACCUCGAAUAGUGCAGUUCAAGAGACGCUUUAUGGAGUAAGAAACUUUGGUCUCCAUCGAUUUUUAGGUGGUAAUUAUUUUCGUGAAACAUUAGCUCCGAGGUUGGAUUACGAUGAUAUUGUUCAAAUUACUGACAAAUUGAGGGUUGAAAUCCCUGAAUCUGCUGUUGGUUUCUAUCGCUUAUUGAAAAGCGAUCAUGGGUUUCAACAUUCUGCGAAAUGUGGGAUUAUUGUGGCUCAUAUUCUUGCUGAAAUGCGGCGCAUUACGCAGUUGCAGCAACUUAUUAAGGAGACCAUUGCUGAAGAAGGAUCAGGUUCUGCACCCUUUUUCUGUAAAAUUCUUGAUGAUAGCUUCCGGGACUGGAAUUCAACAGGUCUUGUUUGGGAUAUGGUGGCCUUUUGUUAUUUAAAAUGUGAGAUGGUAUAUGACGCUCUUGUUAUUUUAGCAAAGAUGAAAACUAUAAAUCUGCAACCAUCAAUAUACACCUAUAAUAGCUUGUUACAAAACCUGAAGCACACUGAUAUUAUAUGGGAUUUAUAUGAUGAAAUUAAAGCCAAAGAUAUGCCAUACAGUAGCUAUACAAUUCCCAUAAUUAUAGAUGGACUUUGUAGGCAAUCAAUGCUCCAUGAAGCAGUGAGGUUUUGGCUAGAGACUGAAGUGAAGGAGAGUGUAGUGUCUAGAAUUUCAUUCAACACCCUCAUGUCAGGUUUUUGCAGAAUGGGACAUCUUCAUGUUGCGAAGUCUUUGUUUUGCAUGAUGCUAAAGUACGGGAUUCUCCCCGAUAUAUACAGCUAUAAUAUUCUUAUUGGUGGGAUAUGCAAGGCUGGAGCUAUAGAAGAAGCUUUGAUGUUUAUGGAUAUGAUGGAGAAGAAUGGUGUUGAACCUGAUAUUGUGACUUAUAAUUCUCUUCUGAAAGGGUUUCUUAUGCUUGGUUUUGUAGGUGGGGUUGAGCAGAUUGUUCAUAAAAUGAUGAUCAAGGGUUUGAAGCCUGAUGUUUCGACCUAUAAGGUGUUGCUGUCUGGGUAUUGCCAGAGGAACUAUUUGGAUGAAGCACUUAAACUGCUGAAUGAUAUGGUUCUUAACUGUAUUCCACCAAGCAUUAUCCCCUACAGUAUUGUGCUUGAUAAGCUGUGCAAGAUGGGGCUACUCGAGCAGGCAAUAAAAUUGCUUCAUGAGAUGGAAACCCUAGGUCUAAAACCAGAUUUGGUUGUUUAUUCUAUUCUUAUACGAGUUCUAUGCAAGAUAGGGGAAGUUGAGAGAGCUAUACAGCUUUGUGAUGAGAUGCACUCAAAUAGAAUCUUUCCGAGUUUAGUCUCUCAUGGGGCAAUUGUCUCGGGCCUAUGUGUUAAAGGGAUGAUACUAGAGGCAAGAAUGUACUUUGAUGCACUGGAACAGUGUGAUUUAUCGCUCAAUGUUGUUCUGUAUAAUAUAAUGAUUGAUGGGUAUGUGAAGUUUGGUAAUCUUAGAGAUGCUGUGCAGUUAUACAAGCAAUUGUUAGGAAAAGGGAUAGAGCCAAGCAUUAUAACAUUUAAUUCUUUGAUUUAUGGCUUUUGUAGAAAUGGGAAAUUAUCAGUAGCCAGAAGGUGGCUUGAGAUAAGUAAAAUGCAUGGACUUGUGCCAAAUGCUGUAACUUAUACUACCCUUAUGGAUGGGUUCAGUAAACACAGAAAUACGACUGCCAUGCUUGAUAUACUUCACGAGAUGAUGGCCGAAAAUGUGAAUCCAACGCAUGUCACAUACACUGUCAUAAUCAAAGGUCUCUGCAAUCAGAGGAGGUGGAAAGAAUCUUUUCAAGUACUUGCAAAUAUGUACGUCAAGGGUCUAAAACCUGAUCCAGUAACAUACAACAUCAUUAUUCAAUGUCUUUGCAAAGAUAAGAACUUUGAGAGAGCAUUUUUGCUACAUAAUGAGAUGUUAAGGGAAAAUCUUCAACCUAGUCCGGCUACUUAUAAUAUUCUCCUGAAUGGCCUCUCCUUUUAUGGUGAUUUGAUGGAUGCUGACAGACUUGUAUCCUAUCUUCAACUUCAGCAGAUUAAGUUGUCAAAAGUUGCAUAUACCACAUUAAUAAAAGCACAUUGUGUCAAGGGGGAUAUAUCUAUGGCUAUUUUACUUUUUCAUUGCAUGCUGCAGAAGGGUUAUCUUGUCUCCAUUAAAGAUUUUUGUUCUGUCAUUAAUCGAUUGUCCAAAAGGGGUUUUAUAACGGAAGCAAAACUUUUCCUCUGCAUUAUGUUAUCAAAAGGAAUUUCACCUGAUAAGGAACUCUAUGAGCUAGUAGUUGAAACCUUUCUUUAAUAUGGUAUAUGAGAAGCAAUAUUUUGUUCAUGCUGUUCUCUGUGAACUUCAACAUUGAGGAGAUUCUGAAAAUGAGAUUUCUGAUCAGUGUACCUCUUUUUAUCUGCCAGUCUCUGGAACAUGGCAAUGGCAUCCUCAUCUGCCUCAUAGCGCUCCUUAAAUGGCUGGAUCUAAUGAAUUCAGCUUUGAUAGGUGAUCAAGCUCUGGACAUCAUCCUGUAGACGAACCUAUACUUGCAACACUGAUAGUGUUUGAGAUAUAAAUGUCUUUGGCUGUUGUAAGGGCAAUGAUUGAAGUGAAGCUUCUUGCUGGAGUUAUUUAUCCAGUGGCUUCUAAAUAGGUCAUUUGGAGACUAAGAUUCUUGGCGUAACUGUAGAAUAGUUGCUGUUUAUGGUAAGUUGCAGAAUGUCUUUCAUGGUUAACAUGGUUAACAGGCUUCAGUUACAGCAAACAUGAUAUUGUAUUGCAUGAUGUUACGGCUUGCUGAUCCCCUUGGGUGGUCGAUAUAUACUUUUAAUUGCAGAAGGGCUCUUUUGAACACAGGCAUAAAGUUUCUAUCAUGUAACUGCCACAUCUGAAUUUAUGACUAUUCUGACUCGGAAUAUUUAUCCUAUUCAAUGUCAAAUUAGUAUUUGAAAUUUGAAUCCAACUUCUAAAUCUGUCUUUCUUGUUUUCUCAGGGAUGAAGAUACAAGUAGAUCUUUAGGGCCCGAUAUAAUAUUUGCAGAACAAAACAGACGGCCACAAGACAUUCCGAACCUCUUGUUACUUCCACAAUUGAGCUCUUUUUGCUGCAGUCUGAAUCAUGAUUUUCAGAAUCAGUGCUUUGCACUUUGCAGGCUUUUGUUCCCUUUGAUGCCUUCUGCCCCAUUGCCAUAGCCGAUGAUUCAAGCAGUUUAUUGCAUUCGGGCAGUGUGUGUUCUCCUUCACACUGCUUCACCAACUCUGCACUCGACUAAAUGCUUAUAAUUGACAGACUGCAAUGUACUCGACUGCCGCCUGAUAUAAUGCCAUCAUGUUGAUGUUGCAGGCAGUCUACUUUGCUUUCCAGGGCAUGUGAAAUUAGAAAGAGGAAAAUGAAGAUGUGAUGAGAAGAAGCAAAUCAAGAAGAGCAAAAAUAAGUUAAAAGUUUUAAUGUAGAAGAUUGUAUCAGAAUGUAAAUAGGAUAGUUAUUGUCGAAGCGUUAGAAAAUAAAAAUAUCCACAUGACAACAUUUAUCAACUCUGUAAUACAAUAAAUUGUAUUUCUAACAAAUUACAAUAAAUUGUAUUUCUAACAAAUUACAAUAAAUUGUACUUCUAUUUCGGUCAAAUAAAUGAAUGCAUUUAUCAAUUCUGUUGCAAUAUUCAUCUAGAAAUAUUCAUCAAGAAGAUACUUGUUGUCAUUCUCGUCUAACGCAAGCUAAUAGCCACCCCCAGCAAAUUUUAAUUCACC